CGAAAACCUGAAAUAGGCGUACGCCAAAAAAUAUCCUGAUUUAUAAAACCGUGCGUACGCACAACUGCACGCAAUUUCCCAUUUAUAAAUCACACUCCAACUGGAAGAUUGCGCAGGUGGAUCCACCUCACAUCCCGCCCACGACACACCCACAUUUUACCAUGAAUGGUCAAUGCAAAGUAACUCAUGAAUGUAUUUGCAUAUAAACAAGCUGCUGAUCCACGGCAUUUUACGCUCAGUCAUGGCAGAAAAAAGUAAAGGAAAUUUUUCGGAGACCGAGAUAGAGGUGCUUGUGGAUGAGGUGGAGGCCAGGAAGAGUAUUUUGUUUGGUGGUCAUAGUAGUGGCAUCACUAACAAAAGAAAAGGCACCGAGUGGCAGCACGUUGUCACCUCUGUCAACAGUGUGAGUUCCACAGAGAGAACUGUGGCAGAGGUGAAAAAGAAGUGGUCUGAUUUGAAGGUGGAGGCCAAGAAGAGAGUGACAUGCCAUCGCCAAAUCGUGUCUGCUACAGGUGGGGGUAGGGGCAAACCCGAGCCCACACCUUUGGACAGCAGGAUAGCAUCCAUCCUCGGGACGGCCAGCGGUGUGGAAUCGUGUCAGAGAAGGAAGGAGACACCGAUUUGGCAGAGCCCACAGAGGAGACCGAGUUGGAAACGCUGGCUGACGAGGAGGUUCCGACCACAGCGUGUCCUGUCAGCGUACAUGAAGCCUGGCUGUCCCCAGUACAACUACAUCCCGAGACCAUGGCACACCCAGAAGUGGUCGGAUCCUGACAGACAGAGUCCUACAAUCACAAAGGGACACCAUCGGUGCCAUAAAUGAAGUGCGGGAUGAGCUCCAGCAAAUACGCACAGUAAUGAACAACAUGUGUGAGGUCCUGUCUGACAUUGCCGCCUCUAUUAAAGAUCUUGUUUAAAAAAAAAAAAAAAAUUAAACGUACUUUCGGUCUUAUUGUAAACGCUGCAUAACACCCCGGCUCUACAAGUGUAAUAUGUGAUGACAAUAAAGGUUUGGGAUCAAUCUGGCUUCAAUUCACCACCUCACCGUCUGGCACUGCCGUUCCCUCUGUCUCCAAAAUGUCUGUAAGCAAGCAUCAAAGUUGGCGCAGCGGUGCGCAUAUUCUCACGCCACGUUUAUUUUUAUAAAUCACAACCUUUGCGUUGGAAGUGGCGUACGUAACUUUCUAGCCCCGUUUUGUGCGUACGCAAGCUUUAUAAAUGAGGCCCCUGGUCUUUAACCACCAUCCAUAAAAUCCAUGGAGUCAGCUCCAGAGAAAUGAAAGAAGGUCAACUUUUAUCAGCCUCCAUCUAGAUGUUCAACUUGAUAUCUUUACUUUGACAUUUUCAGCACCACAAACCUUUAGUAUCACACUUUAUUAUCACUUAUUAGGACUUUCAUGGAAUCCACCAGCAGAUUUAGGUUUUGUUGACAAACUUUAUUCUUGUCAUCGUGGGACUGCAGUAUUUAAAACUGUUCCUUCUAUUUGACCUCAUGUUUAUUAGCUUUAGUGAAGAAAGUUAUUUUAG